CCAUCAACAUGAGUUUCAGUGGCCAGGGUUCAUCUGGCGACAAUAAUGUCCGAAAAUUAUCAUUUUUGGGAUUCAAUACAAAAAAGUCCUCUGGCAAUGAAGAUCCCAAUGAAGUACACUUGGACUCGGAGAUGGAAAAAGUUUUCGCUGGUCCAACUGCCCUUAAAGAAAAAUUCGAUGUAACAACAUUUCAAGAUUCUGUACAUCCAAUUCCCGGUAGCUUUAAAAAUAUUAACAGUGCCAAUCGAAAAACUAUACCUGGAGAUUUAAAUAUAGAAGAACAAAACGAAUACGAACAGGGCAAUGAAAAAACCAAUGCUCAAAAUUACGAUGAUAUUCCAGAAGAUUAUCCAUUAGUGUCAGAACGUGCUGGUCAUGGAGAUCAUUCGGAUAAUUCAGCCGAUGAAAAACACGUGCAAUUUGGAAAAAAGAAGGCAACCGUUGUUACACCGCCUAGCCUAAGCUAUGAUGAACAACCCAACGAUAAUAUACACGAACGUAAAAGAAGAAAAAGUCGAAUACAAUAUUAUAGACAACGGAAAUUUUCCCAUCAAGACAGCGUGGAAGCCAAAAAAGUCAGCGAUGAAAAUGGCGAUGCCGGUAAUCGCAAAAUAUCAGCACCGGAAGAUGCGGCAUUGGAGGAAGCGGAUCUCAAUGAAUUAAGAUCACAUCGCUCCGAUGAUCCACGGGCAUUGAGAAGGCACAAAAUUCAUCAUUCAUCCAUAAAAUUACGUGAAUUGCCACAAAUAAGUGUGGCCGGUUUACAGCAGCAGGCUAAAAAGGAAUUUGAUCAUAGUCCACAUGAAAUCUUUGUGCAGCUUGAUGAACUUAUGGGAUCCGGUGAGGAUCGUGAAUGGAAAGAAACGGCCCGUUGGAUCAAAUAUGAAGAAGACGUUCAAGAGGGUUCCGAUCGUUGGGGUAAAGCUCAUGUUUCAUCGCUAUCAUUCCAUUCAUUGCUUAAUUUACGUCGUUGCCUUGAAACGGGUGUUGUGCUGCUGGAUUUGAAUGAAAAAGAUUUACCAGCUGUGGCAUAUCGUGUUGUCGAACAAAUGGUUGUAGAAGAUUUAAUUCAUGUGGAUGACAAACCGGCCGUAUUACGUUCCCUACUUUUACGCCAUCGUCAUGUCAACGAACACCAAAGUGGUUUUCCCUUUACCAAGCGAAAAUACAAUAGCUAUACAAGUUUACAGUUGCUUUUAUUGGGAAGUGAAAACAAUAACCAACAACAACUACAGUUGCAACAACGAAUUCGAAUAAAUGCAACCAACGCACCAGCACGUCGUUCCAUCUGUGAAACACUGAGUGCACCACCAGCGACAGCAGUCACCAUAGAUGCGUCUUGCCGUAGGCAUUCCACAUUGUCCUACAUGGGUAAUCUUUCGGGUGAUGAUAAAAAAAUUAAAAUUAUGCCCGCCCUAGAAAUUGGAGGCAGUAAGAAAAGCAAUGAUUUAAAAAUUGAUAUGAAGGACGAUAUGUAUUCGUCAUCACAGGAAGACUUAAAGAAACUGCAAAACGAUACCAUCCUCAAGAGAAUUCCUCAGGGAGCAGAAGCCACAACUGUAUUGGUAGGUGCUGUCGAUUUCUUGGAACAACCAACCAUUGCCUUUGUGCGCUUAGCAGAAGGUGUACCGAUGCCAAGUCUGACCGAAGUUCCCAUACCCGUUCGCUUUAUGUUCAUUCUGUUGGGUCCACCCAAUUAUGAUUUGGAUUACCAUGAAGUGGGUCGUGCCAUUGCCACUCUCAUGGCUAACGAAUCAUUCCACGGCAUUGCCUAUACAGCUGAUGAUAGAAAAGAUUUACUCUCGGCCAUAAAUGAAUUCUUGGACGAUUCCAUUGUUUUGCCACCUGGCAAUUGGGACCGCCAUGAUCUGUUGCCGUUCGAAGAGUUGAAAGCCAAAAAGGACUGGAUUCGUUCGCGUAAGGCCCAGGCUCUCCAGAGCAAGAAGGAACUCAAAGAGAAGCAGAUCAAUAACGUCGGCACCGAUCUGAUAAGUUCUCUGGUAGAUAAAAAGCCGGAUGACGACGAUGAUGAUGGAAAGAAAAAACCAAGCCCCUUGGAGAAAACACACCGCCUGUGGGGUGGUCUACGCAACGAUCUUAAGCGACGCUUGCCCAUGUAUCGCAGUGAUAUUUUGGAUGGCCUGAACACCGAAACGUUGGCCGCCACCAUUUUUAUGUAUUUUGCUUGCCUUUCGACAGCCAUCACCUUUGGUGGUUUGGCUUCGGAUAAAACCCACAAUUUAAUUGGUAUUUCGGAAACCCUGUUGAGUGCCUCUGUGGUGGGUGUCAUAUUCCACUCGUUGGCUGGUCAACCGUUGGUAAUUAUUGGAACAACUGGACCGCUGCUGCUGUUCGACGAGGCCCUGAAUAACUUUUGCAAGGAAAAUGGAAUAAGCUUCCUAACCAUACGAGCCUACAUCGGUAUAUGGUUGGCGGUUAUUUCAAUUUUGGUUUCGGCAUUUGAAGGCAGUGUUUAUGUUCGUCUCUUGACCCGUUUCACCCAGGAGAUAUUCUCGGCCUUAAUCACCUUGAUUUACAUCGUGGAGACAAUUAUGAAACUUGUAUCGGUGUAUAAGAAACAUCCCCUGUUGGCUGAUUACAAUUUGCCACCACCGACAAUGGUUGGUUCAUCACCAUUGAAUGGGGUCAAUGAGACCGUAUUGGGCCUGGCAGAUUCGUCCAGCAUAGAUGGAGCAAAUGUGACAACAAAUUCCAGUAUGACCAUGGAUUAUGGUAGCCUUUCUCCGUUGAAUAUGCCCAAUACUGCUCUGUUUUGCACCAUCCUAACAUUGGGCACAUUUACUGUGGCCUACUAUCUGAAGCUGUUCCGUAACUCACAUUUUUUGGGACGUAAUGCUCGUCGUGCCCUCGGUGACUUUGGGGUUCCAAUUUCCAUAACAAUAUUUGUCAUGGUUGAUUAUUUCAUACCGCAAGUGUACACGGAAAAGUUGAGUGUGCCCGAGGGCAUUUCACCCAGUGAUCCUGUUAAUCGCGGUUGGUUAGUCAGUUUGGGGCCUGUUGAGACCUGGUUGCCUUUCAUGGCCGGAAUUCCUGCCCUCUUAGUUUACAUACUGAUUUUCAUGGAAUCACACAUAUCCGAGCUGAUUGUCGACAAGCCCGAAAGAGGAUUAAAAAAGGGAUCCGGCCUUCAUUUUGAUAUUGUAUUGUUAUGCUGUUUGAAUAUGCUAUGCGGAUUCUUUGGUAUGCCAUGGCAUUGUGCUGCCACUGUACGUUCAGUGGCUCAUGUCUCCGCCCUCACCAUAAUGUCCAGAACUCAUGCUCCCGGUGAGUCGCCGAGAAUUAUUGAUGUCAAAGAACAACGACUAUCUGGCUUUUUUGUAUCACUGAUGAUUGGUCUGUCCGUUACUAUGGCACCAUUAUUACGUCUCAUUCCUAUGGCUGUGCUGUUCGGUGUGUUCUUGUAUAUGGGCGUUGCUUCAAUGAGUGGUGUCCAGUUCUUUGAUAGAGUGAGAUUAUUCUUUAUGCCUGUAAAACAUUAUCCACCAACACCCUAUGUUAAGAAAGUUCCUACCUGGAAAAUGCACAUGUUUACGGUUAUUCAAGUUCUAUGUCUAGCCGUACUGUGGGCUGUGAAAUCGUCAAAGAUAUCGUUGGCAUUCCCCUUCUUUUUGGUGAUGAUGGUACCAAUUCGUAUGAAAUUAGCAGCAAUGUAUAAGCCUCAGGAAAUUGCAGCGUUGGAUGGCAGCGAAGCUAAAGCCGAUGAAGAUGAACCAGAUUUCUAUGAAGAGGCAACCAUACCCGCGUAGAUACCUUUCAUCGUUAAAAAAAU